AUGUCCAUGAUUGCUGCUUUCCGCCCUACUCUGCGGCUCGCCGCCAAUGUUAACAAUUCUGUUGCUGUGCCCGCUUCCAAGUCGGCCGCGAACAAGCUCGUCGGUGGUGUUGUCACUCUUGGUUGUGUCUCGGCGGUGGUUGGCUACAUAGGCUCCCAGCUGAGGAGAGAAAGCAACGUCAUGGACCGCAUGUUUGAGAAGCAAAACACUCCCGAGGUCAUCAGAAGGCGCAACGAGCGGCUCCUCGUUGACACUGAAGGUGACCCGCGCAAGUCUCUUUUCAACAUCCUUAACUGGCGCUAA